AUGUGUGAUCCUAUAAUUAGUGAGCAAUAUUACUUCAAUGAGUAAUUCGACUUAUUUAUUUUCACUUUAGUUCUUGUGAUGUGAAUGCUAAUCAAAUUGAUUUUUCAGGGGUUUCAGAUCCAUUUUUGAAAAACUCACAACAAUAACAAUAACAAUUCCCUAAAAUUCAAAUUUUUGAGGAUGCUGACAACGAGACCAAUAAUUUUGGAGCCAACGAAAUUUUGAAUGAAGAAAUCAAAAUGGAUAGGCUUAAGAUUAUUAAUGAUAGCUCUGUUGAAGCCUAACCAAAAAGUGGGAGUGAGGGUGAUUAUUCGAGAGAAGCAAGUCAGAAUCAAAGCAGCAGGAGGGGAUCAAGUAUUUUUAACUUGCAAAUAUAGAAAAAUGUACAAAAGAAGAAUAAAAGAAUUUAAAAGAUUCUUUGUAAUCCUAGAUUCUUUUGAACCUGCGAUACACUAAGAGCACAUACACAAAUAAAAUUCAGAAUCUGGUUAAGAAGGAGAAUAAGGACCAGUUGAUAGUAACAACAAAAGCCAGGCAAUCGUAUUGAAAUAUUUUGAUUCAUUUUUAGACGCAGCUAAUAGAAGUUGGUAAGAAAAAAUGAAUAGUAAUUGUUAAUGAACCUCGAACACACUGAUUAGUCAUCAUCUGAAAACCCCGAUUCGCUUAAUGACCGAACUAUGGAUCCUAGUCGUCUCAAGUAAGUGAGGAACAGAGAAUCCGCUAGAAAUUCAAGAGCCAGGAAAAAGAUAUACUUCGAAUUACUGGAGACCAGAGUCCAAGAGUUACAGGAUGAAAAUGACAAAUUAAGGGAGCAAUGCAACAUCUUAUCAAAAUCAAUUGAAAAUUACAAUAAAUAGCAGGAUAAAGUAAGUGCUCGUAUAAAUAUGUAAUUAGUUUUCACAGUUCUUGGAGUAGCAAUAAUAAUUGUUUGGGAGAUUGGAGGAUUGCAUUAAUUAAGGGAGAGAUGUAACGGAGAUUGAGAUAUUGUUGGAUGCACUCAAAUACAGGACAUCGUCAAAUAAAUAGGAGAGAAUCGAUGCUGCAAAAUCAUACUUGUAUUCAAUAUUGAAUGUUUGUUUGCCAUUACAGACAAAAUAUUUGUUCAGUAUUUUGGACGACAAAGAUUUCUUUUCCUAAAAUUCUAGGUACAUUUAAAUCUAUGGAAGGAAUUACACAGACUAUUUGAAAGAUGUUUUUAAGAAAAUUGAUACAAAAAGUGAUGACUUUGGGAACAAUGAAAAAAUAAAACAAAAGUUAGGAGCAGCCAAACAGAAUAUGUAUGAGUAAUGAAUUUGAUCUAAUUAUGAACGCAGCUCAUUUAAGAAGAUAAGGAAGGAGAUCAAAUUGAUAUAGAGUGAAGCAGGAAAGGUUGAUUUGCUGUGGGAAUAACUGAAGGAGAAACUGUAACCUUAAGUCUUGGCCUAAUGUUUGUUGGCUUUGCAUAAGGUAUGAGUGUUAGUGAAUGUGUAGAAUGAAUUUAGAGCAGAGUUCUAAGCAUUGACUAUAUUCAAGAGACCGAAGGACUCAACAGAGUAGGUAGGGAUGUUAAUUGAAUAAUAAUCGUUGCAAAGAAAAUAAGUCAAAAAAUGUUAUUGA